AUGAAGCUCUCUAGCUAUGUUUGUGUGGCUGUCCUGGCCACGGCCGGGCAAGCUGCCAAGGAUAAGCCAGUCUACAAAGACUCCAAAGCCUCUGUCGACGACAGAGUCUCGGAUCUCCUUGAGCGUAUGACUAUCGAGGACAAGACGGCACAGUUAAUCCAGGGUGACAUGACCAACUAUCUCAAUCUUACUACCGAGGCUGUUAACAAGACUGGUCUGGAGUGGAAUUUCAAGUACCGUGCCAAUUCCAUCUGGACUGGCUUGUACGCCAACAUGACCACUAUCAAGAAGGCUGCCAAGUUGGGACAAGAUUAUCUCAUGAAGGAAACCGAGCUAGGAAUCCCUGCCUUUAUCCAAAGCGAAGGUCUUCACGGAGUCUUAAUCCUUAAUGGAACAAUCUUCAACUCUCCCAUCGGCAUGGGAUGCUCUUUUAAUCCGGAACUCAUCGAAAAGAUGGCUGACAUCAUCGCAACCGAAUCUCGUGCUCUUGGUAUCAAUCAGCUGUUCUCUCCUCAAGUCGAUCUCGCUCGAGAACUGCGAUUCGGACGAGUUGAGGAGUGUUUCAGUGAAGAUGCUUAUCUCGCCGGAGAAAUGGGUUACAGAUACGUCAAGGGUCUUCAGGCUGGAGGAGUAUCAGCUAUGGUUAAGCACUAUGCUGCGUUUGCUACACCCGAACAAGGUAUAAACACUGCACCUGUGCAUGGUGGUGAGCGACAGCUGCGGUCUCUCUACCUCCCACCCUUCAAGAGAGCCAUCAUCGAUGGCGGGGCAACUUCCAUCAUGUCCUCCUACAACUCAUACGAUGGUGUCCCAGUUGUCUCGGAUUCCCACCUCCUGACAGAUAUCCUUCGAGACGAAUGGGAUUACAAGUACUAUGUCAUCUCCGAUGCCGGUGGAACUGCUCGCCUUGCCCAAGCAUUCCACGUCUGCCCCCUUGAGGACGAUGAGUGCAUCACUCUUGAGGCUCUUCCUGCUGGUAACGAUGCCGAGAUGGGUGGUGGCUACUGGAGCUUCGAGAUCAUCCCUGAGCUUGUCAAGGCUGGCAAGCUGGAUGAGAAGAUCGUCGAUACAGCUGUGUCCCGAGUUCUUCGUUCCAAGUUCGAGAUGGGUCUUUUCGAGAAGCCCUUUACUGGUGUUGCCGACGACAAAAUCUGGGAUUAUGUCAACACCAAGGCUCACAAGAAGGUAGCUCGACAGCUUGAUGCUGAGAGUAUCGUUCUCCUUGAGAACCACGAGAACGUUCUUCCAUUGAAGAAGGAUGCCAAUGUUGCCGUUAUCGGCCCUAUGGCCCACGGCUACGUCAACUACGGUGACUAUGUCAUUCAUACUGCCAUGACUAGAGGUGUCACCCCCUAUGAUGGCAUCAAGACUGCUAGUAAAGGCAAAGUCACUUUCACCCAAGGCUGCGAGCGGUGGUCCGCAGACGAGUCUGGCUUCGAAGAUGCCAUCGCUGCUGCUGAAUCUGCUGAUGUUGCUGUCGUUGUUGUCGGAACCUGGACUCGCGACCAGAAUGAACUCUGGGGAGGCCUCAAUGCCACCACCGGUGAGCAUAUCGAUGCUAGCAACUUGAACCUCAUCGGUGCCAUGCCUAAGCUUGUCAAGGCAAUUAUCGACACUGGAAAGCCCACCAUCGUUGUUUACAGCUCCGGAAAGCCCAUAACUGAGCCAUGGAUCUCUAAGGAGGCUGCUGCCCUUGUUCAGCAAUUCUACCAAUCCCAGGAGGGAGGUCAUGCCCUCGCUGAUAUUCUCUACGGUAAUGUCAAUCCCUCCGGCAAGCUUUCUGUUAGCUUCCCCUACGAUGUCGGCACUACACCCAUCUACUACGAUUACCUCAACUCUGCGCGUGCCUAUCCCAAUCCAGGUAAGAUUCACGAGAACGGCACCCUCGAGUUCGGUAACAACUACAUCCUCGAAAACCCCGAAGCUCUCUACACGUUCGGCUACGGUCUUUCAUACAGCAAGUUCGACUUCUCCAAGAUAUCUGUUUCCAAGAAGAACGUAACAUCAUCCGACACAGUCACGGUUUCUGUCAACGUCAGCAACAAGUCCAAGCGCGAUGGCUCUGAGGUUGUUCAGCUGUACGUCAAAGACAUGCUCGCCUCCGUCGACGUUCCUCGGUACCAGCUCAAGGGCUUUAAGAAGGUCGCCGUCAAAGCUGGUAAGACUGAAACUGUCAAGAUCGACCUCAAGGUUGAGGAAUGGGGUCUGUGGAACCGCAAGAUGAAGUAUGUUGUUGAGCCUGGAGACUUUACUAUCUUUGUAGGCAACUCUAGCGAGAACUUCAUGGGUAAUGUGACGGUCACUGUCUCCUAG